UUGUCAGAUGGACUUUGCGUUAUGAGAACUCACUUUGAUGCACAUUUAUUGGCUUGUUAUGCAUAUAUAAAAUAUUUUUUAGGGAUCACUGCACCUCUAUUUUGUGCAUCCCAGAUGUUAUAUGAAGCCGUUACGUAUGGGUCGAACGUCUGAGACAGGUUUUAUGCAACCCAUAUGCACGGAGAGAGGGAGGGUAAAUUAAGUCAUACUUGUAAGCAAAACUUCAGUACCCAGAGUCCUUCAGAGGAGUGAAAAAAUCCAGACAUAAGAAUCUACGGAGGCCCGGAUGCCCCUGUCGACAAGGCACGUCUCAGCCUUCUCUGACUAGAUAACUACGAGUUGGUUUGCAGAGGGCGAGAAACGGCGCAGAACGGCGCUCAUUCCAAUUACUCGCGCUCGCUCCACUCCCGGGGCGCUCCGGUGUUCAAACUGCGGUAUCCUUGCUGCAGUUUGAGUUUUUAUCAGAGGCGGUGACAACAACUCGCAAUUUUUCCUUUUUUCUAUCUGCAUAGCUUUUUCUUUUUUUCUUUUCUUUUUUUUAAAGCCAGAUGCUGAACAGCCUGUUUGGCGUCGCGAGACAGAAGAGGAUCGGGAUGACUAAAACCUCCAACCAACAUACAUAAAUAGUAUUUUAGAGACUUUCUGCGUAUAGGAUGCUGCAUGUCAAGAGUGGUAUUAUUACCGAAUGUUCUGCGAUCCAGCCGCGACAAGCCUGAUGAGCGCGUGAGAAGCGCAGCACCACAGCUGCAGCAGCGCGGAGCUCGGCGCCUCCCGGUAACAAACUGCCUGGCUGAAGAUUGCCAUGGAAACAUGCAGUUUGAGAGUGAGAUGAGAAAUGAUUGAGAGAAUCAAUGUCUAAGGGAUAACACAAAGCAUGGCCACAGCAGCAGACAUGACUGUGUGAAGCCUGGAGGUCCAAUUUAUUCUGGCCAAGAACAACAUAAUGAGAGGGAAGAGUGUACUCAAACAGCCUUCCUGCUAAACAAGACCCUGUCCACAUUUAGAAUUCACAAGAAACCUUCAUAUAAACAUAAACACAAAGAUCCUGAUCUGCAACUUCGGGGGUAAUGAGCCGACUUUCAGGUCGCCUGCGCUCUGGAGGUGUUCGUUUGGCUUGUGAGGCACUGGCUGACAAAGAAUGCAGUGAUGCUGAGGGUCCCUCUCCAUGGGACGGCAAUGAAGAGCUUGAGGGCAUAUCUGUAGGACCCUCUGGCUCUGAUCCAGCUAGCUCACUACAUUACAGUUUUUUUUCAACACCCUCUUUGGCUAAUGGCCUGCAGAACCACGAAGACCAGUUUCGACGUAGGGCAAGGAGACGCAGGCAUACAGAAUGUGAGGGGCAAAUACACACACAUGAACAAAUGCACAUGCAGCAAAACACACAACCACAAAUUCACACACCCCAACAAUCACAUUCACUCACACAAACAAGCACACACCUGCAGCCUCACACACACAUUCCAAUGGAUAACCACAUGUGGAUGGACACAAACACACUAAAACACAGGCCUACACAAAAGGGCAUGUGCUCUCUUACAGACACUGGCUCCUCACUUGUGGAGCAGGACCCCUCUCUUAUCCCAGAAGACUUGUCUUUACCUCCCAAGACUGAAACACACAAACUUCAUGUUCAGUCAGCCCCUCUGUUGAACACCACCCUUUCCCCAAACAAUCAGACACCUUCUCAAUACAACCCUUCCUCUUUAGCAAAGGAUGAGACAGAGCACAACUCAAAAUGUCAGAAGCCAGAAAUGGAUCAUACAACCAACCUUGAUCACAUUCGUAUAACAGACCAAAGCACUGUUAUGACCUCCAUGGAGGCUGAGAGGAAGUACACCCUACGGAGCUCUGGUCGACCGCGUUUCCCCUGCCAUCUUCGGAAAUCAUCCCGUUUACGUAGAGCUGCUGAGGAUACUAUGUUUAAAAGGGAACAUGACCAAAAGGAUGAAGAAGAGGAGGAGAAUAGGAUCUGGAAAACAGAGAAUAUUAUGCCAUUAGAGGAGCAUCCUCCAGAGGUGGGUGUGGUUGCCUCAGCCUUUGAGGAUUUAUCACUGCCUGCCAUUUCAACAGAAGUUACACAAAAUCAUAGCAUGACAACAGAAGGACAGGGUAUUGUUACUCAGCACAUAGUUAGAGGAAAGCGACAGGGACGUUUUUUGGGUAUGAGAAGGAUUGUGGUGAAAGUAGCCAGAAUACCUGUUCACAUGAGCCGACGACAAAAAAGCUACAAGAUAUCAUCUCUGGAGCCAGUGUGUUCGGGACCCCGUGGCGAAGGGGUCAUAACAGGAGAGGGGGCCGAAGGGGGUGUAGGAGGUGAUCCAGGAGCUAAUAUUCCCAGAGAGCCCACUGCUCUUCUCCGCAUGAAAAACAAUGGAAAAAGUGUGAUGGUUAUGUUUCCACCUGGAGAGCUGCCUGUUAUUUUAAAGCGGCGCAGGGGGCGUCCCCCUAAACAGGCAUUACCAGGGCAACCUGACAUGCGUGAGACCAGAGUGGGAGCAGCCUGUGCUGCAGAGCCCAAAAAAAUACGGAGGAAACGGACAGUAAAGCUACCAUCCCCACAGCCAUCCUAUGUUAAUGAUACUAAUGAUGUUAAGGUAGAAUAUGCAGAUGUUCUCUCCAAACUGGCCUUUUUGAACAGGCAACCUCCCAGCACAGGCCGCUGCUCACCUCCACGAUGCUGGACCCCAACAGAACCUGAGACUUUCCACAUACCACCAGAAAACCCAUCUCUUUCCACUCUUUUGCACCGCCUCACGCGGUUCCGCAGGAGAGGAGGCCGUGCAGGCUGUAUGGGUGGUAGGGGAGGGGGGGCUGCUGGAAAUUCUGAAUCCUUUAAGAGAUCAUUUAGUGACUUUUUUGAAACAAUAGGCAAAAAGCGGAAAAUUCCCACAUCUGAAUCAGGAACUCCCCGAAAAAGAGGUAAGGGGGUUGCUGGAGGAAUCACUAGGGCAGCCUUAGCUGAGUCUUCACAAGGGGACAAGGUUAAAAAACGUCGGGCACGAAAGAAUGGGGCAUUAAAAAAUGGUGCAACAGAUCAAGACCAAGACUGGCAAAAUGGUAACAGUGACUGGAUAGGGAAAGAUGACAGGGAUAUUUCUGAGAAAGCAAGUAGUUACCAGAGUUCUUGUUCCCCCCGCGGAGCUUUUCAAACCAGUGGGACUGGUAAGGGGGGAAUGUAUCACAGCCCUGGCAUGAGAGGAGUGGGGAGAGGAGAGGAGUCUCAGGGAAUGUUUGCAGGAUACUUUCGUUCUCUACUUGAUUCUGAUGACUCCUCUGACUUGCUAGACAUUUCUAUGUCUAGUCCUGCUGGGCGCCAAGAAGGCAGUAAAUUCACUCCAGGUUAUGAGGGUGGAAGCCCGGGUACAGCCCAUCGUUGGUCUCCUGCCUUUCCUAAAAAAAGUCCAAAAGGAAAGGCCUGUCUUGGGGAAGGGGCACCUUUACCAUCACCUCAAACUCUGAGGAGCUCAACAACUAAGCCUUCAUAUUCAUACAGUGUCUCACAAACUUCUCCCACCCCAUCCUUCCCCAAAUCCCCUGCACUCUUACUUUCCCGUUCGCCAAGUUCUCCUCAUUUAUCUGGAGGUUUUCCUCAAUAUCCACCUACUUAUAGUGCUGGGGUCCCUCAAGGGGGAAGCAUUUACCCCCUCCCUCAACAGCAGCAACAACAGCAAAGACCAAGUGACUGUACCUAUGGCACAAAAAACACCACUCUUCCCUCUGCACAGUGUCAGAUGGGUUAUUCUAACUACCAGGGUUUGGUCAAGCGGAACUAUAGUGGAUAUUCAGGCCAAACUCAUUCAACCAUACAGCGAGGAGACUCUGGCCCAUCAUCACCAGGAGGAAGUUAUAUGUCAAUGUCAAAAUCUAGCCCCUACUCCUUAUCAUCUUCUCCCCCUGAGGGUUGCAGACAAUACACCUCCACAGGUCAGUGGGGAUACAGACAUGGAGGAAAUAACUGGGGUGGUGAUGCAUAUGGUACUAAUCGGUUUCAUGGUUACUCUGACUAUGUGGUAGCUGGAGCAGGAUCAGAAUCCAAAGACAUUCUUGACAUCUCAAACUAUACCCCCCAAAAAGCUAAACAGCGUCCAUGCCCUGAUACACUCUCUGAAUCCUCCUCAGACUCAUCUCAUACUGGUGGGGGGGGUAUGGGUGUUAUGGGGGGAGCAUUUCGCUCAAGGGAUGUUCCUAUGCCUGAGGGGCAGUCUAGCCUUUCAAGCCUGGAAAAGCUUAUGCUUGACUGGAAUGAGAAUUCAGCAGGCCCUUCUUACAACUGGAGUCAGAAUGUACUAUUCCAAGGAGGGACAAAACCAGGUCGUGGUCGAAGAAAAAAGUCUGACACACACAAUGAGAGGGAAGCAUGUUCUUUAACCCCAGGAUCACCUGCCAGCCCACCUAUGCAAGGAGGGGGGCCAAAACGUAGUACUACAGGCAGUAGACAGCCUAGGGGAAGUAGAGGCAGGGGUGGAUUUUCUCCUUGCCAAAGAGAGCGUCCCCCACCACCAAAAACAAAAUCUCAAAAGCCUUCAGCACCAUCAGGGACAGGGCAAAUAGGUUCAGGGGGUGUAUACCAGGAAGCAUUGGAUUACUACAGUGGAGAUAGUAGCAGCAUGUCACCCCUCAGCCAUGCCCCGGAGUCCUGUGAAUACCCCUCCCCAUAUUCUGCCCACACUUCUACUCCCUCCUCAGAUGAGCGGUUUGCUCACGUCUAUCCUCCUGAUUCUGCCUGUGUUUCUCCCAGUUUAUCAAAUCAGUCAGAUGUCUUAAAACAGUACCCUAAAGUUGGUCCCUCCUCACAGACUUAUGGGCAUGCUGCCAGAACUUUUAGCCCAACUGUCUCCCCAACCCCUCGCCUCUUACCACAGUGUGGUUCUGCCAUGAGUCCACACCGUGUCUCAAAAGACCAGUUCUCCCAAUAUGAUUCCCCCAGUUACAGUGGCUCUCCAUGCUGGUAUGGGCAAGGAGGAAGUGUUACUGACAGCCCUCAAAGCUAUGAAGAACAGCGGCCACCAGCAGUCUCUUUGCCGUCUCACAAACGAGACAUGUCAUUGAUGGCGUCUGGGAUGAGAGUUCCAUCCCAUUCAUCAUAUCCCUCCCCUUUACACAGAGGACCUACCAUGUCAACUUCAUGUAUGAGUGGAACUAUGGACUCUUCCCCUCAGCAUGAAGAGAUGGGUUACCAUGGUAACUUGGACAGCUAUGCACCCAUUGGACAACGUUAUGCACCGCAAACAGCUCGGGGAGGAGUUCUCUGCCAGCUUCUUGACCAGCCCAGUGAUGAAGGUUUUACCGUCACUAGCCUGUAGUUGGAAUUAUCAUGUCCCUAAACAUUAUCGUGUCCCUAAACAGAUGAAUGGACGAUACCCUUUUCAUAUUUUUAAUCUUUUUUAAAGGAUAACCUUUGGAAGGUACUUCCUGAGCUAGACUGAAGAGUUUCAGAGCUAAGGACUAAAUAAAGACUUCUUCAGCAGUGACAAUCAAGAUCCAAAUUUACACAGACAGACACAAAACAUGCACUCACACACAAAUAAACAUACUUUUUUCCACAAUGCAUUCACAUGUACUUUUGUGUAAACUUUCACAUGCUGAAUUCAUCUGCAACUGCAAAUGCACGUGCAAAUAGACAUCAUUUCACAAACUAACAUUGCUGCAGUUUGGGCUAGAGACUUUUCUACGGAAAGAAUGGACACUGCUAGUACAAUGAAGAAACCAAUUUGCUGAAAAGCAGGGAACAGCAUCCCUACAGAAUGCUGCACAUCUAAACCAAUGUGAGAGAACACACAAAAGGUUUUGACAACAUCCUGAUCCCUUUUUCUCUGUAUGUUUAGUUUCCAGGCCUCCUCUGAUUGUCACUGAGGAGAUAAAUUACUUAAUCCCUAAAAAGAUUUGCUUCUUUCAACAUAUAUAAAUGGUGACUUCGCAAACUCUGCCCUUUUCUCAGUUUUGUUUUGUUUUUUUAGUUUUGUUUUUUAAAACAGCAUUUGUACAUAAGCUUCUCGAACCGUUCCACCACUUGAGGAGGUCCUGCUGAAGGAGACAUGUUAAAGCAGCAAUUUCACAAGUGUUUUAAAAAAUGCUGCUAAACCACAUAAGGGGGAUAUCAGUUUUUUGUGGCUUUAAAUAAUUCAGCUUGGGUUUGUGCAAGUACAGUUUAAGUAAUCUUUUUUAUCAGUGACUUGGUCUGGUUCCACAGGAAUACAGGUGCUGGUCAUAUAAUUAGAAUAUCAUCAAAAAGUUGAUUUAUUUCACUAAUUCCAUUCAAAAAGUGAAACUUGUAUAUUAUAUUCAUUCAUUACACAGACUGAUAUAUUUCAAAUGUUUAUUUCUUUUAAUUUGAUGAUUAUAACUGACAACUAAUGAAAAUCCCAAAUUCAGUAUUUCAGAAAAUUAGAAUAUUUCUUAAGACCAAUACAAAGAAAGGAUUUUUAGAAAUCUUGGCCAACUGAAAAGUAUGAACAUGAAAAGUAUGAGCAUGUACAGCACUCAAUACUUAGUUGGGGCUCCUUUUGCCUGAAUUACUGCAGCAAUGCGGCGUGGCAUGGAGUCGAUCAGUCUGUGGCACUGCUCAGGUGUUAUGAGAGGCCAGGUUGCUCUGAUAGUGGCCUUCAGCUCUUCUGCAUUGUUGGGUCUGGCAUAUCGCAUCUUCCUCUUCACAAUACCCCAUAGAUUUUCUAUGGGGUUAAGGUCAGGCGAGUUUGCUGGCCAAUUAAGAACAGGGAUACCAUGGUCCUUAAACCAGG